AUGCGUUUUCUGCGUUGGUUCCAAACCUUGGUGUGCCUAGUGAUAUCAUCUUCUCAUGCACUAUCCGACCAGGCAAAUGAUUUUAUUGAUCAAACCUCCGCCAUCACGGAGACGCUCCAUAAAAAUCAAUACGCGAUCAACCGUUACAAUGGCGGUCUGGUAGGAGCUGUCCCUGUCGCCUGGGUCAACUAUGAUACAUGGAGCGCUCUGCGGGCGGCUAACACCGAUCUCGCCACCGAUAUUAAAUUUAAUGACGAGGAGUCUGAUAUGAUUGUUCGCAACCUCACCUUCAUCAAUGACGAAGCUAUCGGCCUAUACAAGGCAUAUGGAACAAAGGUUUUACGCCCCUUGGACUUCAAGGCAUCAUAA